AUGACACUCAACAUCAUCGGCCUCAACUGCGGUACCUCCGUCGACGCAAUCGACAUCGCCUACUGCGCAAUCACCCCCAUCCUUUCCUCCCCCAACGAUCUCCGCCUCGAACUCCUCGACUACACCGAACAUCCCGUCCCACCGGAGCUGAAGGCACGGGUACUGAAAGCGUGUCGCGAGAAUGCCGUAACGAUGGAGGAGAUUUGCGACCUCAACUUCGCGCUUGGGCGUGAGUUCGGGCUCGCAGCAAAGUCAUUUAUCGACAGGAAUGGACUGGAAGGAAAGGUGGACGCGAUCGCAUCGCAUGGGCAGACACUGUGGCAUAUUCCCUCGCCAGCACCUCCGCAGCAGAAGAGUACGCUCCAAAUGGCAGAGUCUGCUGUUAUCGCGCAGAUUACGGGCUUGACGACGAUCUCCUCCUUCCGUGUCGGCGACGUGGCAGCUGGACGUAUGGGCGCUCCCCUCAUCGCCUUCCUCGACGCCGCAGUCCUUGCUCAUCCAACGCUGACCCGCGCGUCUCAGAACCUUGGCGGAAUUGGUAAUGUGACGAUCAUUCCAGCGGGUGACUCCGCCAUCGAGUCGUGUUUCGAAUUUGAUACGGGGCCGGGGAAUGUGUUGAUCGACGCUGCGGUACGGAUCAUUACGAAUGGUGAACAGGAGUACGACAAAGACGGUCUCAUCGGUGCACAAGGUCGUGUGUAUGAGGACGUGGUCGAUGAGUUCUUGGCACAUCCUUACUUCAGUGCCGCCCUCCCAAAAACCACCGGGCGAGAACUCUUUGGCGAUGACAUUGCGUCCCAACUCGUCUCUUCUCUCCGCUCCGUCGGUGCUACAGAUCCGGAUGUCAUCGCUACCAUCACCCGAAUAACGGCCGAGUCUCUAGUGAGAGCUUACGAGCGCUAUCUACAACCGGGUGGCACAAUCGACGAAGUCUACCUCUGUGGCGGCGGCGCCUAUAACCCGAACAUAACGUCUUACCUCUCUACUCACCUCCCGCACACAUCCAUCAACCUCUUCUCGACCACGCAAAUCGCUCCCGAAGCGAAAGAAGCCAUCUCCUUCGCCCUCCUCGGCCACGAAUGUCUCAUGGGGAAGAGCAUCGUUGUACCACAACACGUAGAGAGUGCGGAGCGCGUCGUGUUGGGAAAAAUCACGCCCGGGAUGGGUUAUGGGAGGUUGAUGAGGAAGGUUGUUGGGAGUAUAGGGUUCGUUAGCGAGAAUAUGGAGGAUGAGAGGAACGGGUUGCCGUACGCAAGGAGGAUGGAGGUCGUGAGCUGA